UGCUGUAUUUUCCAGCUUAGAAGAAUUGGAAAGUAUUGAAAUGGAGAAGAAAAUGUUAGUAGAUAUGGCAGCUUUAAGAAUGAAAGGAGUCUAUCCAGAAAAAGAAGCUCCACCAAAGCCAAAACCUUUAAAGCCCAUCCUCAUUACAAGAGAUGCUGCACAGAAAAAUGUAUUUGGAUUAGGCUAUCCAAGUAUGCCAACUAUCACUAUAGAAGAAUUUUAUGAUCAGAGAGUAAGAGAUGGCUGGUUUCCUGAUCCCAGUCAGAGACAAAAAUCACUACAAGAUCGUGCAAGUCAAAAUCCUGAAAAAAUUAAGGAAGAAGAAGAAAAAGAGGAGGCUGAAAAGGAAGAGGCUGAAGAAAGAGAUGAUCCUGAAAAAUUGGCCAGAGAAAGAGAGAGAGAUGAGUGGCGUGACACCCACAGAAGGGGCUGGGGCAAUACAUACAAUAGAAGUUAAACUCCUAAUUCUUUUAUAAUUUUUUUGGUAUAUCGAUUAUCACCUUGAAACUGGUAAAUAAAGGGUAGGAUAGCUUU